AUGGCACCUCCCAAGGUGUUGGUCAUCGCCGGCUCUGACAGCUCGGGUGGAGCAGGACUCGAAGCCGAUCAAAAGGUCCUGGCCGCCCAUGGCUGCUACGCAAUGACGGCCACGACGGCCCUGACAGCACAAAACACCCUCGGUGUUCAGGAUGUCCAUGUCACCCCGCCAGGCUUUGUCGGCAAGCAGAUCGACGCGUGUCUGAGCGAUGUGUCUUGUGACGCCGUCAAACUUGGCAUGCUCGGAUCCGCAGAGACCAUCAGGAUUGUCGCCGAUGCAUUGCAGAGACACAAGGUCGAUACGAUAGUGCUUGACCCGGUCAUGGUGUCGACCAGCGGCCACCAACUACUCCCAGGCGACGCCAUUCGGAACCUCCGAGACAGACUCUUGCCCAUCACGACACUCUUGACGCCCAACAUCCCUGAAGCGACUCUACUGCUCAGAGACGCCGACAUCCAAUACAAGUCGCCGUCGUGUCUAGACGAUCUGAAAAUCCUGGCGAAGCUGGUCCACGGUCUGGGUCCCCGAGCCGUGCUCCUGAAGGGGGGACACAUGCCCCUGACGACGUCGUACGACAAAGCGACGACGGACGAGGAAAAGGCCAUAACGGUCGACAUCCUCUACGACGGCAGCGACUUUACCCUUGUCGAGUCUCCUUUCCUCCGAUCCAAAAACACCCACGGCACAGGCUGUAGUCUCGCCAGCGCCAUCGCGGCGAAUCUCGCAAUCCAAAAACAGUCCCGGUCCGAAGCAUCUCGAUCCAGACUGUCCCAAGCCAAACCCGACGCGGACCCCGACGCAUCUACGUCUACGUCUACGUCGACGUCGACGUCGACCUCUCUGGCCCAGGCGACACGUUCCGCGGUCCACUACGUGUCGACGGGCAUCCAGACUUCCCACGACGACAUCGGCGGCGGGUCCGGGCCCAUCAACCACUUCCACAACGUGCAGACGCUCCCGUUCUCGCGGGGCCACUUCAUCGACGACUACCUCCUCGCGCACGCGUCCGUGGCCCCGGUGUGGAAGCGGUACACCCAGCACGCCUUCGUGGCGUCGUUGGCCCGCGGCACGCUCGCGGAGAAGCUGUUCAAAAACUACCUGGUGCAGGACUACCUGUACCUCACGCACUUUGCGCGCACGCACGCGCUCGCGGGCUACAAGUCGCGCGACAUGGACGCCAUCGCCGCGUCGGCCACCAUCAUCCUGCACAUCCAGCGCGAGAUGGAGCUGCACCUGAGCUACUGCGCCGAGUUCGGCAUCACGAAGGCCGACCUCGACCCGUCGUCGUCGUCGUCGUCGUCGCCGAAACACAGGGAGUCCCUCGCCUGCACCGCCUACAGCCGGUACGUGCUCGACGUGGGCCACAGCCAGGACUGGCUCGCCAUCCAGAUGGCUCUGGCGCCGUGCCUGCUGGGCUACGCCGAGGCCGCGCGUCGCGCGCACGACGACCCGCGGAGCAGGACCACGCGCGACGGCAACAGGUACUGGCGCUGGGUCGAGAACUACGUCGCCGACGACUACGUGCAGGCCGUGCGUGUCGGGAGGGACCUGAUCGAGACGCACAUCGUCAAGCAGUCGCCGGGGAGAGUGAGGGAGCUCAUUGACAUCUUCGUCAGGGCCACGGAGAUGGAAGUGAGGUUUUGGGAUUUUGACGCUCACGUUGACAAAGAAGAAGAAGAGGAGGAGUGA